CAAAAUUGAUUAAAGUUAAAUGAAAUUUGUUUUCCAACAUUUUAUUGUCAUGUUUGUCACCGCAGUUUGUGUGUUACCUCUGGGUAGGAGGAUGACGUCUUGAAUUUUUCCAUUACAGUAAAACAAUGAAAUCAUAACAAGUUUAUCCUCUCCUUUCACUUUUUAUUUUUAGUUUUAUUCUUUGCGCAUUGCCUUAUAGAGAGGAAACCAAAGCUUACGUAAUUAACAAGAAUCGGUCCAUAAGUAGGUUAUUUCAAUGCCCAAUGUCCGGCCUGGUUAUGUUUUGAAAAGCGCACAACUGCUUGCUGUUAAAAUUAAUUUGCAUCUCAGUUACUUUUGCGGCUUUGGUGUUAGUUAUCUUUGUCUUUUCGACAAGAAAGCGAGCAUUUAAUAGGAAAUUUUGAAAACAUGUGCCACUGUUUUCCUAGUUUUGCUUUGCGUCGUUAAAAUUUACAUUAUAAAGUUGAGUUAAUUCGCCACGUCGUUAGCCUGGGGCUAAAGAAUUACAUACAGACUGUUCGUAUUCAGCCCAUGAAUUUGCAAUUCUAAUAACUUCUGCCGUAUACAUUCUGACUGUUUAUUUUGGCAGUCUCAAAGCAAAUUCGCCACCAGACUGUGUCCAUCUUAAUUGCGGUGCGAUUAGGGUGGCUUUGAAAUAUAAUUUCAGACUAAUUUCUCAUCGCGAAAUAUGCCUUUCACUGCCACAUCUUCAAGUUUUUAGGCCUGUGCGGCUCAUGAGUUUGCCUGGCAACACGAAAUGAGAUGGAGGCAUUCAAAGAGAAGAUAGCUGGCCUUGGACCCAGUCGAAGCGACUCGCGAACUUUCACUCAAGAGACCACGUUUCGCGUGAAGUAUCUGGGAUUCUGUCUGAAUUCGCGAGCGGGAGUUGAAGGCAUUCGAGCUGCUGUGAGUGAAAUUAAGAAAACAGGUGGACAAAGGGAUCACAGGAACACAAUUCAAACGAACUUCAUCAAAAUUAGCGACCAAGGUGUGAGUUUCGUGGAGCGAAAACGAGAACGAAGUGUACCAUUAGCAUUUAUUCCGCUUCGGAAGAUUUCGUAUGGAUUAAUUUAUGAAAAGGACUCCAAUAUUUUCGCUUUUAAUCACCACGUCUCGCAGAACCAUGUUGAAUGUCAUGCAGUUGUAUGUGAAAGCGAACUGAAGGCUCGUGAAAUUAGCGAAACUUUGUAUGCUUCAUUCCGAGCAGACCAUUUCGAAAACCUACGGAAGGAGCGGGAAAAGGUAAAGAGGUGUCUACAGACAGAUUCAAUCGAUAACCUUACAAGUGGAGGAGGACAAAACGUGAACUCACAAUAAUUAUAAAGCUGGUUCUUUAUAAAACAUACUACACAGAAACACUGUAAUCGACUAUAAAGAUGUCCCUAUUUUGAACUUUCAUUCGACUUUCCAUUAUUGGAGAUCAAAUUUUUCCAUUUUAUCAUAAAAUAGAGCGAGUAAAAUGACUAGAUUUUUAAUCACUUUAAUUUAGAAUAAAGCAACAGAGCCUAAAAAAA